AUGGCAAGGCGAGAAGACGACUCCUACACCAACGGGUCGGUGUUCGAAGUGUCCGUGGAGGAAGGGAGGAAGGACAAGUCGGCCGAAGCGUACGCCAUCGACGAUCUGCAGCCUGCUGCUGCUGCUGAGGCAGAGGUUGACGACGACGAUGCGCUCUGCGGCAUGUCGGCCUCAGUUGCUUUCAUUCAGCAGCUCAUUGCGGAAUUCUUGGCAACGUUCUUCCUGAUCUUCGCCGGCUGCGGGGUUAUCACGGUGAACGACGACAACGGCAUGGCCACGUUCCCAGGCGUCGCCCUGGUGUGGGGGAUGACCGUCAUGGCCAUGAUCUACGCCGUUGGCCACGUCUCCGGCGCGCACAUCAACCCCGCCGUCACCGUCGGCUUCGCCAUCUCCGGCCGGUUCCCCUGGAGGAAGGUCCCAGCGUACAUGGUGGUGCAGAUGGUGGCCGCGACGAUGGCGAGUCUGGUGCUGCGGCUGAUGUUCGGCGGGGAGCACCUGCGCGCCUCGGUGACAGUGCAUGCGGACGGCGGUUCCAACAUCCAGUCGCUCGUGCUGGAGUUCUUCAUCACCUUCUACCUCAUGUUCGUCAUCAUGGGCGUGGCCACCGACGAUCGAGCGGAAGGGCAGAUGGCUGGGCUUGCUGUGGGCGGAACCAUCAUACUCAACGCGUUGUUUGCUGGGCCGGUGUCUGGAGCGUCGAUGAACCCGGCGAGGAGCAUCGGGCCGGCGCUGGUGGGGAACAAGUACACCUCGCUGUGGGUGUACAUCUUCGGGCCGUUCGCCGGGGCGGCCGCCGGAGCGCGGGCGUACAAUCUCAUCCGCCGCACCGACAAGACGCUUGCCGAGGUCACCAAGAGCGCCAGCCGGACAAACUGA